GUCACCUACUAACACCCAAGGUUACAAUUAUAUUGACCGAGAAACACAGCGCAAUAUUCUCGACCACCACAUACUCUUACAGACCUACCAACUACAGCUUUUUAAAAUGAUCCGGUCCAUCCAAGCAGCCCAGCGGCUAGAUUCAAGAGGAAAUCCAACUGUUCAAGUUGACGUGACGAUAGAUAGAGGCACCUUCCGCGCUCUUGUUCCUUCCGGUGCCUCUACCGGCGCCAAUGAAGCUGUCGAGUUGAGAGAUGAAAAACCAUCUGUUUAUGGCGGGAAGGGUGUCGAGACAGCAGUACAGAAAGUAGAGCAGGUUAUUGCGCCUGUUUUGAUUGAGAGUGGGCUCAGGGUAGGCACAGACCAAAAAAAGAUUGACGCGCUUCUAAAGGACUUGGACGGUACCAAAAAUAAAAGUAACCUGGGAGCCAAUGCUAUUCUGGGGGUCAGCAUGGCAUGUGCCAGAGCAGGAGCAGCAUCCUUGGAUAUACCGUUGUACGAGUUCCUUCGCCGAGAAUCAGGAGCGCAAAAGCCUUACGUUAUGCCCGUUCCAUUCUUCAAUGUUCUUAACGGAGGAGUGCAUUCUGGCAAUAAGAUGGCAUUUCAGGAGACCAUGAUUGCUCCAGUUGGUGCCACCUCUAUUACCGAGGCUGUCCGAAUGGGUAGCGAAGUUUACCAGCAGCUUAAGAAAGUCGUUGUCAAGAAAUUCGGUCCCGCAGCGGCCGGUAUCGGUGAUGAAGGAGGAUUUGCUCCCCCAAUUUCGCAGCCCCAUGAAGCUCUUGACCUUCUCGUCCAAGCUACAGCGGAUUGUGGAUAUAGUGACCGGGUUAAAUUUGCUAUUGACCCUGCCUCAAGCGAGUUUUUCCGGAAUGGAAAGUAUAACCUCAGAUUCAAGGAGAGUACUUCAGAUAACCGGACCCCUAAGCAGCUCAUGGAGUUAUACCAUUCGCUGCUGCAGAAUUAUCCUAUCAUAUUGCUUGAGGAUCCCUUUGCAGAAAAUGACUGGAACAGUUGGACCGAGUUUAAUAAAGAAUGCAAUCUUGAAUUAGUUGGUGAUGAUUUGCUGGUCACAAACACAAAAUACGUCCAGGAGGCAAAUGACAAAAAAGCAUGUGAUUCUAUGUUGCUCAAGAUUAACCAAAUCGGAACCAUCACAGAAGCAAUUUCGGCUGCAAAUUUGGCUUACAGUUUCAACUGGAGCGUUUUUGUGUCGCAUCGGUCUGGUGAAACCACGGAUGAUUUCAUUGCAGACAUCGUGACUGGUCUUCGAACUGGACAUCUGAAGUCUGGCGCGCCUUGCCGUGGGGAGAGGGUAGCUAAGUACAAUCGACUUAUGGAUAUAGAGACAGAACUCAAGGCCAAAGGAGAGACCUGCCUUUACGCUGGUACUCAGUUUCGGGUGGCACACAAGAUAUAGAUCCUUCAGUC